CAGACCCAUACCGGACUGAGCGCGCGCGGGAGAGAGAGAGAGAGAGAGAGAGAGUUUCUUUUUAAACACCACUCAGUGGGAGCUGCUCAUUGGUGCUUGAGCGCGAGCUGAUCAUCUCUUGUGCCAGAAGUUUCCGCCGCUCACGCGCAAACUUUUCCGCUUGGUUACGACAGAAUGGAUGUGUUUUCUACAUGUUUCCGGGACUUCAAACGCUGAACCGCUCCUGGUUCGUUCAGCAGCCUGGUCGUCCUGAAUUCUGGUUACCAGCGGGAUAAACAACAACAACAACAAACAAACAAACAAACAAACAGUUUGGUGUAGCUUGUUGUUUUUGCUUGGCGCGAGCGUGCGCGUGCGGCUGUGUGAGCGUUUCCGGUGUAUGUUCCCGACACGGGGCUCAGCGCUGUGUGCCGGAAGGUGCGAUGAGGCUGCUCGCCUGGAGUUUGCUGAUCCUGAGCCAGUGGAUUCUGCGAAAGGUUCAUGGCCUGCAAAAGCAGGUUGGGAAGUCUUUGGAUUACCUGGAGCUAGGCCCAACAGGGUCUGUCCUGAAGCCCCUUCCUUAUGGGGGAGCUGGAGGAGGGGGCAUAAGUGCAGGUGGAGGAGUUAAACCCCCAUUCCAGACAUCCAGGAUAUUCUCCUCUAUGGACCACACACCUAUGAAACACAAGCCACCCACCUUUGGCUUGCCAAAUCCAUACGAUUGGGCCAGGAACCAGUCACAGUUCCUGGAUCAGACAGGCUACCACUCCAAGCGCAAACCUCCCCUCAAAACUGGAAUGAAGACCAAGAAGAUCUUUGGCUGGGGUGACUUCUACUUCAGCGUCAAGACCCUGAAGUUCAACCUGCUUGUGACAGGCAAGAUUGUGGACCACGUCAACGGCACAUUCACAGUCUACUUCCGCCACAAUUCGUCGAGCCUCGGCAACGUGUCUGUCAGCAUCGUCCCACCAUCAAAGGUAGUGGAGUUUGAGGUGGUUCACCAGCAGAGUACCCUCCAUCAGCCAGAGAUCCAGUUUCACCAGCCUCAUCAGUCAACCAUCGAUCCCAAAGAUAUCAAGACCUUCAACUGUCGUGUAGAGUAUGAGAAGACCAACCGCUCUAAGAAGCCCAAACCAUGUCUGUAUGACCCAUCUCAGACCUGCUUCACUGAGCACACCCAAUCCAAUGCCGCCUGGCUCUGUGCCAAGCCCUUCAAAGUCAUCUGCAUCUUCAUCUCCUUUUUCAGCAUCGACUACAAGCUUGUGCAGAAGGUCUGUCCAGACUACAAUUUUCAGAGUGAACAACCUUACUUUGGAUGAAGAGUACCAAAGCGAAUGAAGUAGAGGAUGACCAACAUAUGGGAUGUUGUUAUGUGUUGUGUGUCUCUUCUACUUUCUUAAGGUUAUGUGGAUCCCAUAAGAAAUAGUCAACAAUGGUGGACAGUGAGCUUUUCCCAAGGUGCUGAGGAGAGUUUUUGUUCCAAGUUUUCUUUGUAUAUAUUGUGAACAAAACCAACUCAGUUAAGCUCAAUUAAAUGAAUAUUUAUUUAUUGUUUUUGUUGAAUUUUGUCUGUUUGACUGUUAGGAAUUUGGGAAGAAUGAAAGAUGCCAAGGGAAUUUUGUAUUGUUCCUUUAUAUAAGCUCUCAGAAAUAUCAUGAUGAUGAUGCUAUAAAUGUAAGGAACAUCACACUGAUUGUUACAGAUUCAGAAACUGAAACAUCACCCAGAAACGCAGCGUAUGCAACACAGCAUAUGCACCGUAGAAAAUACAUAUAUACAUAUAUGUCUGCCCAAAAAUGUCACUUGAUUUUAGAUUAUAGUCUAUUAAUGGAAGAGGGUACAGUCUUUCUUCCCAAUAUUUGAAUAAUAUACAGUAAUACUACAUAAUAAUAUGGUUAUACUAAUCUUGUUUUGGAUUCUCCUGUUAUCUAAAUGGUAGAACUUGGAUUACAGCCAGUUGUUUAAAACGAAUUGUGCAUUAUGAGGAGAUAUGGCUGAUUAAAGCUGCUAUUCUAAAUCUUUCAAAAUGUAUAUGCAUUAGUCCAGAAUCUAUGCCCUUAUCCACCCUAUAGAUAACCAGUGGAUGAGUGAAAAGUAACAUAUGUAAAGAAAGAGAUCACCAUUAACAUGAUGUGUCUAGUGGAAGAACCAAUUAAAUAUAACUUAAAUAUUAUUUUUCUAUACGCUGGCUUCAUUUUGACCAGAUGCAAAAUACAUGGGUGUGACUGAGUUGCUGCCACCUCAAAAUGGUAAAGUCAAAUCUCGUCUUACUCGUUUUAUUUUAUUCUGUUUUGUUCGAACAGUAAAGCACCCAAAGGUAUUCUUUUAAUUUCUGGACAACCGAUUAGUCUGUGAAACAAGGAGGCUAAAGAAGAACUGAAAUUGCAGGUCUGUGAAUAAAGUAUUGCUUGAUGAUGUGUAUAUUUGACAUUGAAAAAAAAAAUGUGUGUAAAUAAUCUAUCACAAAAUAAAUAAUUAAAUCAGG